AUGGAAGACGCAUCCGACGACAUCCCGGACACGAAGGUCGGCCAGUGGCCAAAGUGGACAGCAACGGGCGCACCGACGCAAAAAGGCACUGCCUUGAGGGUUGAAAAGAACGCUUGGGAGACGCAGAGACUGUGCAUUAAUCAGUCUGCAGGCUCCCGCGCCGAGACCACCGAAGCCAACAAAGCGGAAAGGGUCACCGCAAAAGCUUUGUCGGAGCAAUCCGAUUCAGAUGCCGCGGUGGGCCCUCCUCAUGGACAUCGCGGCGCUGCAGCACGACGGGGCGGCGCCAAUGCGAACGCCACGGAACAAAGCGGGCCGAAAGAACAACCGCCACCGCGACUGCAAGCGACAACAACCAUCCAGCAACGCUUGCAAGAAGCACCGCUGGACGACUUCGUGCAGAACCGACUGCGCGACGAGGAGGAGCACUUUCGGGGCAUGCUGACCAUGAAGAAGAUGACGGGCGACGGCAACUGCAUCUUCCACGCGCUCGCGGAGAAAAGCGGCGAGAACGGGGUCCACCUGCGCUCCCAGAUCAUCCAGUACCUGAAGGAGAACGCGGCGUCCCAAGAGCACGAAGAGCAAGUGGAAGCCUGGUUGGAGGAAGCCGAACACCUCGAAAGCAACCCGAGUAACUGGGGCGGCGACACGGCCAUCGUCGCCUUCACCCUCAUGAGACAGCAGCAAGCGUUCCUGCACUGCCGGGCGUCGGACGGCGAGAUCUGCACGAGCGAGCGCACGCAUGUGGAAGUGCGCGAAGAGGCCCGACGGCACCCCCACGCAGUACCGAACGUCUAUUAUCACGCAAUCCACCUCUGGUUCAACGGGAAGGACCACUACGAUGUGCUCGUGCCCAUUGACCAGAC